CUUAGUGAGCUCCUAAUAAAAAGGCUAACACGGCUAACAAUGACAGCGCCACAGCCGCUACGUCAAUAAUGACAACGCAUUUACGAAUGUUUGCCUCGCUAGAUAAUGGGGUUUGAAACGUUUCUUAAUCCAAAAUCCAAACAUAAGUUACAUAAUUAUGGCUGGAAUAAUGAUCUAUUUAUAGAUUUCACGGAUCAAAGCUUCCUAUUGUGACGUAGUCUACUCAGAAUAAAACCAAGCCCUCACAUAGCUAGCUAGCUUAGUUUUGGACACAAGAACAGACGGCUUCUUUUGAGAAUCUAAGAGAAAAGGAACACAUCAUUUAAAGUUUUAGAGACCAAAAAAAUGGUACAGCUAGCGGUCUAUGCUACGGACCCGGAUGGCCGUAAGGAACACGUGAAGAAACCUGCCUGGCCGAUAGACGAACAUGGGGACUUUGUGGAGGUGCAGCUAUCAUCCAAGGAGGAGAACGAUUCCGAAGUUGAGGUAAAAAAGACCGGAUGUUGCUCUCGCAGAUGCGCCGUCAUUUGCAUCUUUCUCGGGGUACUGAUUGCCCUGGGUACAGCUGGUGCUAUUCUUGGUGUUUACUACAGCAUGGGCUCGCUGUGCUGGGCCUCGGAAUGUGAGGACGCUCAUCAACAUGAGCCACAAAAGGGUGAUGUUUUGUAUCCAACACCCACUGGAAGCAACGGAGGUGAAAAUGACGACCCAAGUGGCGACCAUCAUGGCGGCAAACCCGGUCGGCCUGGGCAUGGUGGCGACCAUCACGGCGGCCACACUGGCCGACCGGAUUGGGACCACGACCACGAUCAUGGCGACCAUCAUGGCGGCCGUCCUGACCCAGAUGGCGACCAUCAUGGCGGCAACACUGACCGUCCGGAUUGGGACCACGACCACGACCAUGGCGACCAUCAUGGCGACCACGAUGACUGGCACCACGGUCGUCCUAGGCCAUCUAGACCUCGUCCCCAACCAACCGGAAGACCGCCCAUGCGACCUUGGCCGUAGAUGGGAGCGCUCACCACCCGGGAUAGAGGACGAUAUGCACAAUAUGCAAAUGAACGCUUUAUACUUAAUCACUUUUGUGAUUCACAGAUAUUUGAGCAAAUUAAAUGUUGUGGAGGGUGUUUAAUUGAGGCAGAGACACCUCUUACAAGGUGUACUUCGAAGUUCAUAUUCUAUAUACUAUUAUUUUGACGAUGUUUCAAACUUUACCGAAAGUAACUAUAAACUAGUGAGGGCUUGCGUUAACACCAUGUGGAAGAAUCUCCUUUGAGAUGAUGUGUAUAGUUCUGAAAGAACCGGUUGGUUUUAAAACUCGAUCGACGUUCCGAUCAGUAUGCCCUGAUUGUCUUCAGGAUCAGAGCACACUGAUGGGAUUGUCGAGUUCACAACCAACUUUCUCACACAAUUUCUCAAAAGAUAUUUUUCUACAUGGUGGUUUACACUACCACCAUGCAAAGUUUCAAAUCUUAUUUAACCAUGUAUAUUUUUACAACUUAAUUAAUCCAAUAAUGGUUGAGGAUAAAUAACAGUCAUGCCAGCAUUGAAA